AUGACUGCCGCAGGACGAAAACGUUUACUCGAUGAGGUUCAGAGUUAUCCAAAAAGAAGAAAAAAUGGACCCGAUCCGUUCACCAUAUCAAAAGAUGAUGGCGGAACACGUGAAUCUCCAAUCGUCCCAGAUCCUCAUGAGACGAUCAGAAAUGACACCACCACACAGCCAGAUAUUGUAGACUCAAUAUCUUCCAACGAGGUCGAAGACAUACUGCGACUCGACCUCGGAACUAAAGAAGGAUUAUCUCGCACUGAGGCCUUCGGUGCGUUUCUCAACGCGGCUCUAUCUGACAGGACCUCCUCAACCAGAAGAUCGCGCCCAAGGCAGCCACGAUUUCCAGGUGUCACCGAGAAUACGUCCAUGACAAACCUCGAACGUGCAACGGAGUGUCUGAGCACGCUUGCGCAGACAUUUAGCUCAGCCCAACGGAUGGACUUCGACUUUGAGAGGCUAACAAAAGAGGCCCCAACUAACGGGGAUGGUGGGAAAGGAAAAUCACAAUGGUCACCUCUUCAUUUUGCGGCUCAGAGAGGUAGUGCCAGAUUGUGUCAAGCGCUUUUGGACAAAGACGCAUUUAUAGACGCCAGGGAAGACGACUCCUGGACACCCCUGAUGCUAGCGGCUCAGAACGGUCAUUAUGAUGCGUGCUGUACCCUGAUCGAGCGCGGAGCCGAUGUCAAUGCAGUUGCAGAGGACUCCCAUACAGCGUUACUGCAAGCUGUCGCGACUGAGAAGAUCGAAGUCGUCCAGCUCCUGCUCAGCCAUGGGGCUGAUAUAAGAGCACAUUUGAAAGGCCACAGUUGCGUUGAAAUGGCAGCCUACCAUUCGAACCCAGACCUCCUUCGAUUAUUGAUUCAGCAUGAUCGUGGUAGUGUGAAUGCCCCUGGUGACCGACAAUGGACCCCACUUCACUUCACCGCUCAGUUCGAUAAGGAGCAUACCCUAGAAACGGCACAGAUACUCAUAGACGCUGAUGCCAAUGUUAAUUCUCGUGCCGACCUGGGAGUUACGCCUCUUUUCCUGGCUGUUCAAUCGAAUCGGCUCGACUUGGUUAAACUCCUUGUCGACAAAGGCGCUGAGAUUAACGUGUGCACCGAACGAGAUAUUACCCCGCUGGAAAGAGCAAUAGGCAAUUCUAACAUUUCUAUUAUUGAUUUCCUCAUCGACCAAGGAGCCUGGACAGAUCACGUGGAUAGAAGAGGUUUCAAUAUCGUUCAUAUUGGAGCGAUGCAAGGGGAUGUGGCUGUUCUAGAGAGAGUUCUCAAGACAGGUGCCGAUAUAGAGGCGUCUUCGACUGACGGGAAGAAACUUCGGCCGAUACAUGUCGCCAUCAAUAACGACAAUGAAGAGAUCGCGUUGACUCUAUUAGAACAUGGAGCGCAGCCGUGA